CCUAUAAAUUCCCACCAUCACUCUUCUCUUCUAAACCUCUUCUUUUGCUUAGUUUCACAAAUAUAAACCCAACAUUUCCACAAAUUACACUUCCUCAACUUUUUCUUCUAUAAGUUUUAUAGCUUAAACAACUUUAAAACACUCAUAAAAGCAGAUUGCAAAAAUGGUGGCACAUAAUUUUAAGUCGUUGCUAAGCGUUUUCGUAGUUCUCUUAUUAAACAUCAACCUUUGUUCGUAUUUUUCUCAUGCAAGUCCAGAUUCCGCAAACUCAAGCUCACAUGAUCUAGCAUCACCAUUGAAGGGACUCAAACUAAAUGGCUCGUUCGAUUUUAGUAACACUAGCGUUGUAGCAUAUGACUUUGGUAACAGAUUUCAUUUCCUACCCUUGGCAGUUCUAUUACCGAAAACAGUCUCCGACAUAUCUACGACAAUCAAAUAUGUUUUCGACUUAGCCAACAACUCAGAGCUCACCGUUACUGCAAGAGGCCACGGUCAUUCUCUUCAGGGUCAAUCACAAAAUAAUGGUGGCAUAGUCAUCAGCAUGGAAUCACUAGAAGAACAAAAGAUGUAUAUUCAAACAGGGGAUUUACCCUAUGUUGAUGUUUCGGGUGGUGAAUUAUGGAUAAAUAUCCUACAUGAGACGGUGAAACAGGGAUUAACGCCUAAGUCAUGGACCGACUACCUUUAUUUAUCUGUCGGAGGAACCCUAUCAAAUGCUGGGAUCAGUGGUCAAGCAUUCAGAUAUGGACCUCAAAUAAAUAAUGUCUAUCAAUUGGAAGUUGUCACAGGAAAGGGAGAUAUAGUGAAUUGUUCUGAGAAAGAGAACGCCGAUCUCUUUUAUGGUGUUCUUGGGGGACUAGGACAGCUUGGUAUCAUCACUAAGGCUAGAAUAUCACUUGAACCGGCUCCCAAAUUGGUAAAAUGGAUUAGAGUGUUGUACUCGAAUUUCAAGUUAUUCACCAAGGAUCAAGAGCAACUAAUAUCGUUAAAUAAUACAUUUGAUUAUAUUCAAGGAUUCGUCAUGACAGGUUUGAGUUCAAACUUUAGUCGUAAAAAUCCUCUGCAGGCUGGUCCUCCUUCAAGAUCUGAAGGCAAAAUUCUCUACUGUCUAGAAGUAGCGAAGUACUUCAAUCCUGAGGAUACGAACACAACAAACCAGUUUACAGAAAAUAUACUGUCAUCAUUAAACUACAUCCCACACACAAUUUUUCAAACAGAUGUACCAUAUGUGGAUUUCCUCGACCGAGUUCACCUAUCAGAUUUAAAACUCAAAGAGAAAGAUUUAGCUAAUGUAACACAACCUUGGUUGAUUGUUCUUGUUCCCAAGAGUAGCAUACAGAGCUUUGCAAAAGAAGUUUUUGGUAAUAUCCUCGCCAACACAAGUUAUAAUCCAAUCCUUAUCUAUCCAUUCAACCAAUCAAGUUGGAAGCACAACACAUCUAUGGUAACACCAGCCGAAGAUAUUAUCUACCUAGCAGCAUUUCUAACAUCUGCACCCUCAUCUUCUUCGGGACCAGAUGGACUUGAUAAUAUUUUAACAAUCAAUAAAAGAAUAUUAGAUUUCUGUGAGACGGCCAAGCUGGGGGUAAAGCAAUAUCUUCCGUUUUAUGAAACUCAGGGUGAAUGGCGAGCUCAUUUUGGAGACAGAUGGGAAGUUUUUGCACAGAGGAAAUCAACCUUCGACCCUCUAUCAAUUCUCGCACCAGGGCAAAGAAUCUUCAGCAGAGGACCAGUUAUGUCAUGAUAUUGGUUGCCAUACCCAUCAUCUUUAGAGCUUGAUUCAACGACAAGUCAACAACCUAAUAUCUACAACCUACAGGUUCAUGGAGUACAACCUUCAUUGAUGUGCACUCCUGAAACUUUUUUUUUUUUAAUCAAGAAAUCCAAUUAUUUUUGUAUGAAAUUAUAGAUAAGUCGAAGGGCAUUCAUUUGCAUGAAUUGCAUCAUAUGCCAAUGAAAACAUAAGGUCAAUCUUGAAAACCGA